ACUCUUGAUUGAAUUGGAGACGCUGGCACAACACAACAAGGGCACACAAUCAAUUAGAAUGCUGAACUGCCUCUACUUCAAAUCAUCCACCUCAUCCUCAGCAUCCACUCAAAUUCCAAAUCAUUCCCAAGAGAACACUCCCACAACACAAAAUGUAUCUGGUGAAUUCAAUCUCACCGUACAAGCCAACUCUUACUCUGAGAUACGCUCCAAGAUUCAAGGUCUUCCUAAUUCACAUGGUGAAGUUCACCUUCUUAGCCCUGAUCGUGAAUGCGUUCAAGAAGCACUUGCAAACACCGAAAACACCACCCUCACGCGCCUCAUCUCCACUUACUUCAAUCAUAGCGAAACCGCCUCCGAACUCUGCCUACACCUUCACCAACGCGUCAAACAAGCACGUGCCAUGUACGCUCCUCUACUUGAACUCUUCAACCUCAUAGACUCUAUCCACAUUAUAACUGAUUCCCACUAUGACCACACGUUUGAUAUCUUCCUUGAGUUCCACAGCAAUAACAACCCCUUCCCUGAUUCAACUAACUUAACCAACAUCAGAACAUCCUUAACCGACCUCAAAAAACAACUCGAUAACCGUCUCGCGAAAUCCUCAUCAAGGAUCCGCAAUUUCCGGUGCGCCACCACCGGUUCUGCUGUUUGCCUCGUUGCCAUGACCGUUGGAGUGGUUGCCGCGACGGUUGCUGUAACCGUUCAUGCCAUUGUUGCACUUGCUUUUGCAGCAGCACCUGUUUGUGGUGCAUACAGUGAAAGAAGAGAAGUUGCCAGGCUGGCUCAGCUUGAUGCUGCUGCUAAAGUUGCUUAUGUGCUGAACAACGAUCUUGACACGAUUGAUCGACUCGUUGAGCGGCUCCACACCGCGGUGGAAGGUGAUAAGCUUCUGGUUCGGUUUGGUUUGGAGAGGGGAAGAGAGAGGUACCCUAUCAUGGAGGUUCUCAAGCAGCUAUGUAAGAGCCAUCAGAAUUUUCUACGCCAGCUUGAUGAUCUUGAGGAGCAUGUAUGCCUCUGCUUUCACACUGUCAACAAGGCGAGAUCGUUGCUUCUUCAAGAGAUACGCAAUCAUCAAACUUUGUAG